AUGGCGCAAUCUCCUCACCCCGAGGCCUCAGCCCGAUCCUCUCCCUCGCAGUCCGCUCACGCCUCGAGUCCCCCGUCGGCUUCUGUCGAGACUCUCGUUUCCUACCUGGUCGCCGCUAAACGGUCUCUGGGCAGUAUCCAUCUCGUCCACCGGGCCACCACCAUCCUCACCGAAUCACGUGCAUCCAUCGAGGCUACCACUGCCCUCCUCGCCAAAGCCACCUACUUGCGCCGUUCCGUGGCAUCUCAACUGAAGAUCCUACGUGGGGUCCAACUUGAACUGGAGACUGCUGCUCAGGGUAUUCAGAACGAGUUUCAGGCGGUGAUCAAAGAGUUGGACGAGACCGGCGCGAGGCUGCUACAAUCGAUAGAACUGUUGAAACAGACGACAAUUGAAGAUGCUUUCAAACCCUCAGCCGAGGGAACGGUGGACGAUGGCCCAGGUAAGGAGACCUUGCACGAUUUUGUGGACGACAACGGCGUCGAAACGAUCAAGCAGGCCAUGGAAAUUGCCAUAGACAAUGUACAACACUCGCAAAAUGAAAUGGGUCACUCGAUCCAAACGUUGGAAGAUGAUCUACAAGCCAUCAACGAAGUCCUCAAUGGCAGAGGAGAGCUGUCUAGCACAGACAGUGAAUUGCAGCAGCCCACCAGCAUUGCUGGUGUCCUCACACUGUUAGAGGACCAUGCCCGUAUAAUGGCAGAGGAGCUAGAAAGUCUGGUCAAACACUUCGAUCUCUGCGUCACCGCCAUCAAACACACAGAAGGAGGUGGUGAAGCGUUAUUCCAGACCAUAAAUGCUGGUGAGGGAGUGGACCUUCCGGACACGGUUGGCCUGGGCAUGGACGAGCUUCGGGCACCCGCACAACCUAUGAACGAAGAGGAACGACUGGAAAUGCUACAGGUGCUUGAGAACGACGCUCAGGAGGUGGACGAAGUGGUCAUGGAACUCCAAGAUCGCAACGCCGAGAUGGAAGCCCAGCUGGACAAAGUCCAUCAAUGGUGUGAACGCCAGGAAAAUGCCUAUGCCGAUGUAGCGACCGCCUUCAAACUUCUCGAAAAGAUCUCGGGGCGCUUAUCUGGGUAUGCAGCUGAGGUAGCGCGGCAAGCGCUGAAAUGGAGUGAAGAAAAGGCCAAGAUUGAAGACGGCAUCGGCGGGAUGGAGGAGCUGUGCGAACACUACGCCAAUUUUCUCCACGCUUACGACGGUCUGAUAGUCGAAGCCGCCCGCCGAAGGACUGUGAAGAAGCAGAUGGAGAGAGUGGUGGCGGAGGCGCAUGCUCAGUUGGAGCAAAUGUACGACUCGGAUCGGCAGCUGAGGCUGGAGUUCAAGAACGACCUGGGCGAGUAUUUGCCAAGUGAUAUUUGGAGUGGCGUCAAUACGUUACCGCCCAGAUAUUCUAUCACAAGGGCCGACGAGGAAGAUAUUGGUAGUGUGCCCGAGCUGCCGAGGCGGACGGUAGAAGAGGCCUUGAGGAGGCUCAAGGUCGGCAGAGGUGGAAGAAGCACCAGAUGA